CGCGCGCGCGGGGCGGAGCUCGGCGCCCGGCUCCUCCUCCGCGCCCGGGGGCGGCGGGCCGUCCAGCCAGCCCGCAGGGCCCGGGAGGAGGAGCAGGGCGAGAAGGUAGGGUGGCAUCACAGCCCUCAUGGAGCCCAACGUGCGCUUCUGGAUCACCGAACGCCAAUCUUUUUUUCAAAGAUUUCUUCAGUGGACAGAAUUAUUGGAUCCUACAAAUUUGAUCAUUUCAGUUGAAAAAAUAGAAAAAUCAAGGCAGCUGUUGUUAACAAAUGAAGAUGCAUUCGGAUCUUUGGAGGACCAAAGGAUACAGGAGGCUUGGAAGAGAAGUCUUUCAACAGUACAUCCUGACAACAGCAAACUGAUCCCUGUUCCUUUUCGACCUGCAGCGCUCCUGCCUUUCACGGCACCCAUGGUAUUUUUGUCUCUGGUGUCAGUAAAAAGUCUCAAGGCCAUGGUCUUACCUCAGUUUUCCUUCUUCACCUAUACUACAACAUUCAACGUCAUCAAUGGAAACGCAAGUUACGACUGUCGUCCAUAUGAGAGUAUAUCGCUAGCGGCAGGAGUAAUUGCUUCUUCAACCUUUCUUGGAUUAUUGCCUCGUUUGUUCCAAGUGAGGUAUUCACUGAAUAACGUUUUGGUGAGAAGAGCCCUUCCUGUCAUUGUUCUCGCUCAAGUCAGCGCAAUGAAUGUUGUUGCAUCCCGAGGUUUAGAGCCCAUGCGGGGGAUUGAGGUCAUGGACAAGGAAGGCAAUGUCAUAGGCUAUUCCAGAAAAGCUGGGACGAAGGCUGUUAAAGACACAGCAGCCACCAGAGCAGUGCUGUUUGGGACCUCAGCUGUCAUCCCUGAAGUCUUCUCAUACUUUUUUAAAAGGACCCAGUUCUUCCUGCAAUACCCGUGGUCCCUGUGGUCCUUUAAGCUCUCCUGUACUAUCCUUGUGAUGGGGCUGAUGGUGCCAGUCUCUCUCAGCAUUUUCCCACAGAUUGGACGGAUACAAUGCAGUAAGCUUGAAAAGGAAAUUCAGUCUGCAACGGAAGAAACGGAGCUCUUCUAUAACAGAGGGAUAUAGGGAUGUUUUAGGUGGAUCUGUUUGGCUCCUGCUUGAAAACCUUCCUGUCCUCAAGGUUUCAGUUUCAAGAACUCUGCCAGAAUUCUGGAAAGGCCAGAGGGCUCUGGCUGACAGGAUGGCUCCCCGGCACACAUCCAAGGCUGUGUGGUGCAGGGGUUUUAAGCCUGGAUGAAGAGAGAAAUGUGAGGCUGCCUGACCCACCCCCAUGUGGUUGCCGACUGGUGGGUGAUGUAAGACUCAGUUGUCUGUCAGCCUCUGAAAGGAUACAGUGAAAUGACUAAUAAACUUGUCUAAUGUUGCGUAUUUGAGAAAAUAAA